AAAUGAUUAUUAUGAACAAGAAAAUAAAGAGAAAAAAAUUCUCUAGUCAAGAAAAUUAAAUAUGUCACAAAGAAAAACAUGUUCUCUAUACUUUGCUUAUUAUCUGAGAGAGAAAGCAUAAGCAGAGAAAGAAAAUUCCAUGCAUGACAAUUUGAAAGUGAAUUAUGUUUCUUAAUAUAUAUUCUAACAUGUGAUAAGGCCACUCUCACCUUUCAGUUCUCAGUUUCAUUAUCAACAUAGCACCAAUGGCUAUAAGUGGUUUAAUUUCCAACAGAAGCUUCAUCACUUCUUCCAUUGCUUCAGGAAAUUUAUAUCAAUUAAGAAAGGAUCUAUCACUUCAAAGAGGAAGCAUUUUUAGUGUUCAGCAUGGUGGCCACAUUGCGAGUAACCUUUUUGCAAGAAGCAGAAGUCAUGUUGAACAACGAGAAGUGUAUGGACUAGGAGUAAGAAAGCUUAAUAAGAUAAAUAGAACCUGUGUUCAUUACAGUUCAGAAGAAUAUGGCAUUGAUGAAACGAAGGUAGAUCCUGUGGCAUCUGAUGAAGGAACAGGCGAAGCAAUUCCAUUGGAAGGGAAUGGUUCACCGGUAUCUCCUUGGUGGCAGCAGCUUCCUAAGCGCUGGCUUAUCGUAUUGCUGUGUUUUACAGCAUUUCUUUUAUGCAACAUGGACCGUGUAAAUAUGAGCAUAGCGAUACUUCCAAUGUCACAAGAGUUUAACUGGAACAGUGCAACAGUUGGCUUAAUUCAGUCAUCUUUUUUCUGGGGUUAUCUACUUACUCAGAUUCUUGGUGGUAUAUGGGCAGACAAACUUGGUGGGAAGGUAGUGCUAGGAUUUGGAGUUGUAUGGUGGUCAAUGGCAACAAUUUUAACACCUAUUGCUGCAAGAAUUGGGCUACCUUAUUUGCUAAUUAUGCGCGCCUUUAUGGGAAUCGGUGAGGGUGUAGCCAUGCCCGCCAUGAAUAAUAUACUGUCCAAGUGGAUUCCAGUUUCGGAGAGAAGCAGAUCACUUUCACUAGUAUAUAGUGGCAUGUACCUUGGUUCUGUGGUAGGCUUGGCAUUCUCACCUUUUCUUAUCCAAAACCUUGGGUGGCCAUCAGUGUUUUACUCAUUUGGAUCCCUUGGAAGUAUUUGGUUUGCCUUUUGGUUGAGAAAAGCAUAUAGCUCACCAAAAGAUGACCCGGAUCUCGGGGUAGAGGAAAAAAAGCUCAUCCUUGAAGGCGGUGUAUCGAAAACACCUGUUUCGGACAUUCCUUGGAAAUUAAUUUUAUCAAAAGCACCAGUAUGGGCUCUUAUAAUCUCUCAUUUCUGCCACAACUGGGGAACAUUUAUUCUAUUAACAUGGAUGCCUACUUACUACAAUCAGGUUCUGAAGUUCAACCUCACCGAAUCUGGGCUCUUAUGUGUUCUUCCGUGGUUAACCAUGGCCGUGUUUGCAAAUAUUGGAGGGUGGAUAGCAGACACAUUAGUUAGCAAAGGUGUUUCCAUAACAACUGUUCGAAAGAUCAUGCAAUCGAUCGGAUUUCUAGGUCCUGCCUUUUUUCUUACGCAACUGAGCCAUGUCAAAACACCCGCCAUGGCAGUAUUGUGCAUGGCAUGCAGUCAGGGAUCUGAUGCCUUCUCACAAUCUGGUCUUUAUUCCAAUCACCAAGACAUUGGACCACGUUAUGCUGGCGUAUUGCUGGGACUAUCGAAUACAGCAGGUGUGCUUGCUGGCGUCUUUGGCACAGCUGCAACUGGAUACAUACUUCAAAGAGGUUCUUGGAAUGAUGUGUUUAAGGUUUCUGUUGCAUUAUACAUAAUAGGUACAUUGGUAUGGAAUAUAUUUUCAACUGGGGAGAAGAUUCUUGACUGAAGAGUGUGAUGAUGUAAAGGAAUAUGUGGCCUAUAUAUAGCAAUGGAGAUGUAUAGAGAAAGAGAUACCAUGGAAGUUUUCACCAAAAACCGUGGCCUUCAUUUUAACUUCUCACCUUCUGUAUAAAAAAUACCUCUAAAGUGAGUUUGCAUCUAAAGUAAGCAAAGGAAUAUCUACAUUAAUAUUAUAGUGAGAUGAAAUUACAAUACAUUUCAAAUCAGUCUUAGAUGGACUUGUUUAUUUUAGAGCCAAACUCAGUUUAUAAGAACAUUUCCCCCAUUUUGCAAGCACAUAAAAUUUGACACAGGUUCCUUCCACAUGUAAAACAUUGUCUAUUAUAUAUAAGCACAAUCAAACUUAAAGUUAAAACA